GUUCAUUUACUCAUAAAGAAACGUUUCAUCUCUGGUUUCUAUAUAAAUCGCAUCUGUUCCCCUAAACAAACCGAAUCUUUCUCUUCCACCACCUCUAUUCAGCACCAUUUGCAUUCACAACAAAGACUCAUUCAUUCUAAAGCAAAGCACAUAACAAUGUCUUACUUCUUCUUUUCCCCAGAUGCUAUGAAUCGCCGCCAUUCUGACAGGAUCCCAGACAAGUUCUUCCACGAGUUGAUCAAAGAGGUUGAGGACUACGAGGAAAAGUGUGCCUUGGGGCACCUCCCCAUCUAUAUGGGAAAAUAUUCUCUUCUCGAAGAGGAUAGGAUCAUUGUCUACAGAGUAGUCUACACUAAACAUGAACAUGUUAUUUGGAGUUUCAGCUGCAAGCCUGGCUGCUUCAGCGAUGAAGAGGUUGAGAAAUUCAAAACGGCGACACCCGGCCGCUACAGUUUGGAAUGGAAACUCGAGAAUAGAUGGAGACAAAUAUGGGAUAACGUCUCAACCAAGACGUUUGAUGAAUUAAAAGAGGACUUUGCUAGGGUGUGUGAGGUUAAGAAGGUACCUCGAGGCGUGUUGCGGUUGUUACAGCCAACUAUUAAGUUGACCAAUGGGGCUGAACUGACGGUAGUUCGCAUCGUUCAUGACUGA